AAACCGGCCCCUUUGUUUCUGACCUCACUUCACCAAAACAGCCUGACUGAGACUGAGAGUAUCUGUGUCCUCAGUGAACGUCCUGACAGUCAGAGCGGGUGUUUCCCUGCACGUCAUCUGAAACACUGCAGCAUGGACAGCGACGGGAGGAAAGUGGUCGUGUGUGACAAUGGCACUGGGUUUGUCAAGUGUGGUUUUGCUGGCUCCAAUUUUCCUGACCACAUCUUCCCAGCCCUGGUGGGACGUCCCAUCAUUCGGUCAGAUACAAAAGUUGGGAAUAUUGAGAUCAAGGAUCUGAUGGUGGGUGACGAGGCGAGCGAAUGCCGCUCCAUGCUGGAGGUCUCUUAUCCCAUGGAGAACGGGAUAGUCCGCAGCUGGGAGGACAUGCUACACCUGUGGGACUACACGUUUGGCCCGCAGCGGCUCAACAUCAGCCCUCCUGACUGCAAGGUCCUGCUGACGGAGCCACCCAUGAACCCGCUGAAGAACCGGCAGAAGAUCGCCGAGGUCAUGUUUGAAACCUACAAAUUUCACGGCAUCUACAUUGCCAUACAAGCCGUGCUGACUCUCUACGCUCAGGGUUUGUUAACCGGUGUGGUGAUCGACUCAGGAGAUGGUGUGACUCAUAUUUGUCCUGUGUACGAGGGCUUCUCUCUCCCUCACCUCACACGCCGCUUAGAUAUCGCAGGACGUGACAUCACGCGCUAUCUGAUUAAGCUUUUGCUUCUGCGGGGCUACGCCUUCAACCACACGGCAGACUUCGAGACGGUGCGGAUGAUGAAGGAGAAACUGUGUUUUGUUGGCUACAACAUUGAGCAGGAACAGAAACUGGCCAACGAGACCACCGUCCUGGUGGAGUCCUACACGUUACCAGAUGGACGGAUGAUAAUGGUCGGAGGCGAGAGGUUUGGAGCGCCGGAGGCUCUUUUCCAGCCUCAUCUCAUUAACGUGGAGGGAGUUGGUGUGGCCGAGCUGCUCUUCAACACCAUCCAGGCAGCAGACAUUGACCUCAGGUCGGAAUUCUACAAGCACAUCGUCCUGUCCGGAGGAACCACCAUGUACCCGGGACUUCCGUCCCGUUUGGAGCGUGAGAUCAAGCAGCUGUAUCUGGAGAGAGUGCUGAAAGGAGACACUGACAAACUCUCUAAAUUUAAAAUCCGUAUCGAAGACCCUCCACGCCGCAAACACAUGGUGUUCAUGGGCGGUGCGGUGCUGGCCAACAUCAUGAAAGACAAAGAGUCUUUCUGGCUGUCGCGAGCCGAGUACGAGGAGAAAGGCCUGAAGGUGCUGGACAAACUGGGAGCAGUGCUGCGAUGAGCAUCGGCACCAAAACCAGCCACACUAACCAGUUCAUGCAUGUCUGUGUGGCCACUUCCCAUUCAGAUCUAUUGUUAUAUAUAUGUAAAAAAGAAAAAACUAACAUUUUAACCACCCUAACCCUAAAACGGACACAAACACUUAGCUGCUGAUCCUAAAUAAGGGCAUACCAUAGACAUCUGAUUUGUUUAUAAAAGGGUUAUUAUAGGUUUGGAGACAUUUAGCAAAAAUCUGGAGAUGUUUAUUCUAGCAAUUUAGCCCCCAAAGUACAGUUAAGUAACUAAAAUUGGCAUGAAAUGCAUGUAGCACUAGUCUUUCUUCCCUGUUGUGAUGUAUUUAAAUGUAGGGCGGGGCUUGAUUUUGUCAGUGGGGAACUGAUUGGAUGGUUGUGGUUUGCUAUUGGUGGAUCUCAUGUGAUUGACAGGUUGCCCCGCACUCACAGUAAACAUGUCAUCAGAGAAGAGAUGUCGCUAUAAGAGGGAGGGGAAGUUAUUUUGAUUAACAAAAAUAAUGAUGUGCACGGAUAGAUAAUUUAUAAUAAAUACUGCAAUAUUCCAUAAAAAAAUAA